AUGUAUCGGUUUCUGAAAAGAAAAUCUCCGCCACCACCUGAUAUUAAUUUAAAUGAAUUGCCAAGUGAUCCCGCAAAGAGAAAAAGCAUUCUAAGUUAUCAUCCUAAUCAAAGAGAUGAGGUACGACGUGAAUAUUUGAUUAGGGGACCUUGUCAACCUCGUGGUCAUAAGUUUAAACAAAUAGCAAUUGGAAAGGUGUUACGCCGUUUUAAUCCAAAAUGGUUUGAUUUGUAUGGUGAUUGGUUGGAGUAUAGUGUGGAGAAAGAAAAAGCUUUUUGCUUGUAUUGUUACUUAUUCAGAGAUCAAACUGGAAAUCAAGGAGGGAGUGAUAGCUUUCUAUCAACUGGUUUUUGUAGUUGGAAUAAGGCUGAUAGGUUGGACCAACAUGUGGGAUUGGAUGUGAAUAGUUUUCACAAUAAUGCAAAAAGAAAAUGUGAGGAUUUGAUGAGACAAGGUCAGUCCAUCAAGCAUGCUCUCCAUAAGCAAACCGAUGUUGUGAAGAAUGAUUAUCGAAUCUGGUUGAAUGCUUCCAUUGAUGUUUCUCGACACUUGUUACAUCAAGGAUUACCAUUUCGUGGUCAUGAUGAAUCAGAAGAGUCAACAAAUAAGGGUAAUUUUGUAGAGCUUUUGAAGUAUACAGCUGGUCAGAAUGAAGUUGUAAAGAAAGUUGUGUUGAAAAAUGCUCCUAAAAAUAACCAGAUGACAUCUCCACCAAUUCAAAAAGAUAUUGUCCAUUGCUUUUCAAAAGAGGUAACUAGAUCUAUUAUUGAAGAAAUGGAUAAUGAUGUCUUUGGCUUGCUUGUAGAUGAAUCGGCUGAUGCUUCAGAUAAAGAGCAAAUGGCAGUAGUUUUUCGCUUCGUUGAUAAGUAUGGGGUAGUUAAAGAAAGAUUUAUUGGUGUUAUUCAUGUGCAAGAGACAUCUUCUUUAUCUCUAAAAAGUGCUAUUGAUUCUUUGUUUGCUAAAUAUGGAUUGAGUUUGAAAAAGCUGAGAGGGCAGGGAUACGAUGGAGCUAGCAACAUGAAAGGAGAGUUCAAUGGACUGAGAUCAUUGAUUUUGAAAGAAAGUAGCUCUGCAUAUUAUGUGCAUUGCUUCGCUCAUCAACUACAAUUGGUUGUCAUGGCAGUUGCAAAAAAACAUGUUGAAGUUGGAGAGUUUUUUUAUAUGAUUUCUGUUUUGCUAAAUGUUGUUGGAGCUUCUUGCAAAAGAAAAGAUAAGAUCCGGGAAAUCCAUCGGCAAAAAGUGGAAGAAAAGAUUAGCAAUGGUGAAAUUAAGACAGGAACUGGGUUAAACCAAGAACUUUCCCUUCAAAGACCUGGAAAUACUCGUUGGGGUUCACAUUAUAAGACUUUGUUGCGUCUUGAGGAGUUGUUUUCAUCUAUAGUUAUAGUUCUCGAGUAUAUCCAGGAUGAAGGCACCGACACCACCAAAAGACAACAAGCAUAUGGUAUUCUCAAGUAUUUUCACACCUUUGAUUUUGUUUUCUAUCUGGAGUUGAUGUUGCUUGUUAUGGGACUCACUGAUAGCUUAUCAAAGGCUUUGCAAAGAAAAGAUCAAGAUAUCUUAAAUGCUAUUUCAUUGGUGAAAACUACUAAAUGUCAGUUGCAAAAGGUUAGAGACGAUGGAUGGGAUGCUUUUAUGGCUAAAGUUAGUUCUUUUAGCGAGAAAAAUAACACUGGAAUGCUUAAAAUGGAGGAAGAAUUUGUUGAUUCUAGAAGACCAAGGAAAAAGACCGGUAUAACCAACUUGCAUCACUAUAAGGUGGAUUGUUUCUACACUGUCUUAGAUAUGCAACUUCAAGAGUUUAAUGACCGCUUUGAUGAGGUGAAUUCUGAACUACUUAUUUGCAUGUCAUCUUUGAGUCCGAUAGAUUCUUUUCGUCAGUUUGAUAAGUCCAUGCUCGUGAGAUUGACCGAGUUUUAUCCAGAUGACUUUAGUUUUGUGGAGCGUAGAUCUCUUGAUCAUCAACUUGAGAUCUACCUUGAUAAUGUGAAAAACGAUGAAAGGUUUACAGAUUUAAAGUGUCUUGGUGAUCUUGCUCGUGUGAUGGUAGAGACAAGAAAGCAUCUUUCACAUCCUUUGGUAUAUCGUCUUCUAAAGGUAUCUUUGAUUCUUCCUGUUGCAACGGCAACUGUCGAAAGAUGUUUUUCCGCGAUGAAUUUUGUGAAGACUACAUUGCGUAACCGUAUCGGUGAUAUGUUCUUAAGUGAUUGUCUUGUUUGUUUUAUUGAAAAGCAAGCACUUAACACUGUUACAAACGAAUCGGUGAUAAAACGAUUCCAAGAUAUGAGUGAACGCAGAGUUCAUCUUUAG